AUGGCUGAUAUGCCAACGGAGUUGCUGGACCAGCUCAAAACAUUGGAGGAACUCUUUACGGUGGAUCAGGCAAAACUAAAGAAGAUCGUUGACCAUUUUGUCAAGGAGUUAGAGAAGGGCCUAAGUGUCGAUGGAGGAAACAUUCCUAUGAACGUAACAUGGGUCUUGGGGUUCCCCACUGGCUAUGAGCAAGGCACAUACCUCUCCCUCGAUAUGGGCGGUACCAAUCUACGAGUUUGUGAAAUUCACCUCACCGAAGAGAAGGGCGAGUUCGAUAUCACACAAUCCAAGUACCGAAUACCCGAUGAGCUGAAGAACGGAAGCUCAGAAGACCUCUGGGAGUAUAUUGCCGACUGCGUGCAGCAGUUCAUCGAACAUUACCAUGAAGGCGAUAUAUCCAUCCCGGAUUUCCCAUUGGGCUUCACGUUCUCCUACCCCGCCACGCAGGAUUAUAUUGAUCAUGGAGUCCUGCAGAGGUGGACCAAGGGCUUUGAUAUCGAUGGGGUGGAGGGCCAUGAUGUUGUUCCAAUGUUAGAAGCAGCAUUGGCUAAGAAGAACCUCCCAACUAAGAUCACCGCUCUAAUCAAUGACACAACCGGCACUCUCAUCGCCUCCGCUUAUACCGAUCCCGAGAUGAGAAUCGGUUGUAUAUUCGGCACUGGCGUCAACGCUGCUUACAUGGAAAACGCCGGUUCCAUCCCCAAAAUUGCCCACUACAACUUACCCCCGGACACCCCUGUGGCCAUCAACUGCGAAUACGGCGCCUUCGACAACGAUCACAUCGUCCUCCCCCUAACCCAAUACGACAUCAUAAUCGACCGUGACUCACCCCGACCAGGCCAACAGGCCUUCGAAAAGAUGACCGCAGGCCUCUACCUGGGCGAAAUCUACCGCCUCGUCCUCCUCGACCUCAUCGACAACAAGGACAACCUCAUCUUCCCCAACCAAGACGUCUCCGGACUGCGCAAACCCUACUCCCUCGACUCCUCCUUCCUCUCCUACAUCGAAGAAGACCCCUUCGAAAAUCUCUCGGAGACUCGCGACCUCUUCCAGCGCAAGCUGGGCAUCUACUCCUCCUCCUCUGAGCUGGAAUUCUGCCGGCGCCUGGCGGAAUUAAUCGGCACUCGUGCCGCGCGCCUCUCCGUCUGCGGCGUUGCGGCCAUCUGCAAGAAGAAAAAUAUCUCACAUUGUCAUGUCGGCGCGGACGGGUCGGUGUUUAACAAGUAUCCUCAUUUCAAAGCCAGGGGUGCCAAGGCGCUGAGGGAGAUUCUGGACUGGCCGGAUAAUGAGCCUGAUCGGAUUGUGAUGAGUGGAGCGGAGGAUGGUUCCGGUGUUGGUGCGGCGUUGAUUGCGGCGUUGACGCUUGAGAGGGUUAAGAAGGGCAAUUUAGUGGGGAUUCAGAAUAAGGAGACGAUAACGAAGUUUUGUUGA